CCUCCCGCCAGCUGCCUCUGCUGUCGUGGUGGGCAGGGUUCAGGGGUAGUUGGCUCAAGAGCCUGUUAACUAUGACUCUACAAAUCCCAGCCUGCACUCAUUUAUUUAUUUGUUUUCAGUGGUCAAGUCCUUGAGGAGCUUUAACGUUGACACUGGCAAGACGUGGAUCACACCACACACAGCCUCUUUGUUGUGGCCCACGGUUCGUCAGCACUCGGAUGGGAACACAACCACGAUUUUGGCUACUUCCUCAUCAGACAAGGGGCUGGGCAGGCUGAGGAAGUGCACUGUUUUGCAGGAGGAGAUCCAGUGCCAGGAGAUACCUCUGCGAGGAAAGAUUAAAGGCUCCAGAAACGUCCAGGAUGGUGGCAUAGCUAUUGACAGCAAUUCAGAUUGGAUCCUGGCUUGCCUGCAGAAGAAGCACCGCCGAGCCUUCGCCACUACGGAGGACAUGAACGGAGUCUGUACUCUGCUCACCACCAACUUACGCAGCUCAGCUUUCCUCAACCUCACCAAGAUGGUUGAGACCAAAUUAACCAGCAUUCCAAGUAAAAACAGCAGAGAGAAGAUUACUGACACCAGCAGCUCUGUCAGCACAGACACCACCAGCGCUUGUGGUGAGCUCUUUGGCAGCGUGGGGAACAACCACAUGUGCAAAGAACUGGGAGCAGAGAUUGCUGUUAUUCUGGGUGGAUCAGAGAACACCGAGCCAGAUGAUUUCCAAAAUGCCAAGACAUCUGUCCUCAAUAUGAUGAAGUCAAUGUGGCAGAAAUGCUCAAAGAUCAGGUUUGCUGUGGUGCAGUAUGGAGCACAGAUCCAAACUGAACUGAGCCUGCGAGAAAGCUGCGACAGACUAACUGCUUUCUUCAAAGUCCGAAACAUUAAGCAGCAGAGCUCACGGACUGACAUUGCAGCCACGCUGCAGCAUGUGUUGGAUAAAGUCUUUGAUGAAAGCCGUGACUCCAGCCGGACGGGUGACAAGAUAAUCAUUGUCAUGGCAUCGGGGCAAGUGUUUCUGGAAAACCAUAGAUUGAGAAAUGUGAUGAACUCCCUGAAAGUGGCUAUGGUCAAAGUCUAUGCUCCUGGGAUUGGAGAGUUCAUUAGCAACCAGUGGGUCCCAGAAGAGUUGCAGGAAGUCGGAAGUGACUGGUUCGUGCUUUCCACAUAUGAAGAUUUUGACAGUUUCCUUGCAGAGUUGGAGAGAGGGACUCUGAGUGAUUCAGCUGAAAACAUUCCAGCUGAAGCACCAGAGCACAGAAACACUAAUGACCGUGGUGAUGGCAAGCUCCCUUCCUGGAUGGAGGAGGACAAAGAGGAGGAGGAGGAAAAUGGCUUGCCUUCUGGGAGAGAGAUUGCUUUUAUUCUGGAUGGAUCAGGGAGCAUUGAGCCAGAGGAUUUUGAAAGAGCAAAAGCAUUCAUCCACAAGAUGAUGAAAACACUGUAUCAGAAGUGCUUUGAGUGCAAUUUUGCAGUGGUUCAGUAUGGGUUUGAAAUCAGAACGGAGUUCGACCUGCGAGAAAACUGGGAUCCUCGUGCCACCCUCCAGAAAGUACUUGAUAUUGUGCAGGUGUGCAAUGUGACAAAAACAGCAUCUGCCAUGCAGCAUGUCCUGGAUUCUAUCUUCAGUGAAAGUCAUGGGUCCCGCAAGGAUGCAGCCAAGGUCAUGAUUGUGCUUACAGAUGGGGAAAUACUCCUGGAUGAAAUGAACUUGACAACAGUGAUAAAUUCACCCAAAAUGGCAGGAAUUGAGCGCUAUGCCAUUGGGGUGGGAGAUGCCUUCAAAAAACCAAAGGCGCUAAAUGAAUUGCGGCUAAUUGCAUCUGGUCCAGAUGACACUAAUGUAUUUCAGGUGACCAAUUAUUCAGCAUUAGAUGGGCUGCUUUCAACCCUGCAGCAGAGUAUUAGUGGUAUAGAAGGUACGCAGGGUGAUGCUAUGGAAUAUGAGCUCGCACAAGCUGGUUUCAGUGUGCAGAUCUUGGAUAAGCAAGUCUUAAUGUUAGGGGCAGUGGGGGCCUUUGACUGGUCUGGUGGAAUUCUGCUGUAUGAUCUGGCAACCAAGACUGCUGUUUUCCUGAAUGAAUCUAAAGAAGAAGCCCAGAAAGCAAAAUACAGUUACCUAGGAUACAGCGUGGCAGUGGUACGCACAGAAUACGGACCCUUGUACGUGGCCGGAGCUCCACGGCACAGCAUGAGCGGGAAGGUGCUGGUGUUCCAGGACAGACACUUAAAACAAACCCUGCAAGGAGAACAGGUUGGCUCUUAUUUUGGCUCCGUGCUCUGCCCAGUUGAUGUGAACCACGAUGGGGUGACAGAUCUUCUCCUUGUUGGAGCUCCAUUUUAUCACAUUCGAGGGGAAGAAGGAAGGGUUUACGUCUAUCGCCUGGAGACAGAGACUGGUUCAUUCACCAUGAAAGGACACUUAAAUGUGCAGGUGACCUCUCCUUUGGCAAGGUUUGGGUUUACGGUGGCCAGCAUUGGAGACAUCAAUGGGGAUGGAUAUGAGGAUGUUGCUGUUGGAGCCCCGCUUGAAGAUCGGAUUUCACACAGUUCCUCUUUUGGCAGCAUUUACAUCUUUAAUGGUGAUAAAGACGAGAUCAGGAGCGCUUUUUCUCAAAGAGUAAAAGCCUCUGAAAUUUCUCCAGGACUCCAGUAUUUUGGACAGUCCAUUGGUGGUGGCUUUGAUUUCACUAACGAUGGCCUCCAAGAUAUUACAGUAGGAUCACUGCAGAACGUGGUUGUGCUCCGCUCGAGACCAGUUGUCCACUUUCUCACCAGCAUGAAGUUCGCCCCUGAGAGAAUCCUAAUUUUCCAAAAUAACAGCAUUGUUACAGCAAAACUGUGUUUCGACACAAUCUCAGCUUUACCAGUGUCGCAACAAGUGUUUUCACAGUUAUACAUUCUCUACACGGUGGACUUAGAUGUGAAAAUGGCACAGAGGAGAGUACAGUUUGAAGAUGGGAACACCACAACAAGUGGAAAGCUGUUGGUCAGCAAGCGUGUGUGCGCUGAGCUGCCGCUUUAUGUGCUGCCAUGUGCCUAUGACUGUUUUUCCAGCGUUUUUCUGAGAGUUAAACAUGAGCUCUAUAAGGAAAAUGAUAACACGGAAUUUGCUGUACCUGUGCUGGAUAGAUACAAGCCAUCAGAAAUGCAUUUUGAGUUGCCUUACAAGAAGGACUGCAACAAGACCAUCUGUACUGCUGAUUUAACUUUGACGAGUCAGAUUCAAAAGGAAUUAGUGGUGGGCCACACUAAAGAAGUGACCAUGAAUGUUGCACUCACCAACAGCGGAGACGACUCAUACAUGACAACUAUGACCUUGAGCUAUCCUAAAAACCUGCAUUUUAAGAAAGUGACUGUUGAGCCAUCCUCUCCUGCUAUUCACUGUGGCAAACCAAUACCAUUAACUUCUGUAGUCUUAUCCUGCAACUGCAGAAUUGGACAUCCAGUAUUCAAGAGGACAACUGCAAAUUUUUCAGUGAUUUGGCAAUUGGAUGAAAGCAUAUUCCAAAAUAACUCUGCAGUCACCAUUAAUAUCACCAACAUAAAUGAAAAUAGCACCAUUCUGACUGAAGAACACGUCCUUGAUGUCAGAUAUGCAUUCACUGCAGUCCUUACCAAACCAGUUUCUUUAAUGUACGUGAAUGUUAGCGAAGGACUUCUUCAAAACAAAGAAUUCAAAUUUAAUGUAAUUGGAAAAAAUCGCUUUAACGCUACCAUCGAAUUAGAGAUCUGCGUUCCUAUCAGGAUACAAGGUCACAACAUAAUAACGGUCAAAAAUGCAUCAGGAACACAGGUACUGUUUCUUAUUUCUUCCUUAAUCCAAUAUCCCUUCACUGGUCAUUACACAGAAAAAAAAAUAUUAUUGCAGAUUAGGCUGUUUUGGUCCAAGAGCACCACCGGCAUAAGCUGGUGCUUCUUAGUUUUGCCUCUCUUACAACGCAAGCUUCCUUUUGCUGAAUCUCUCCUCAGCUCAUCACAGGGCUCAGCAGCAGCAGCACCGUCACACGGUGCAGGGUGCUGCAGCUCUCCGUUAACGGGGCGCGGCGCUGCGCGAGGGGUGGCUGGGGCCUUCCGUGGGGACAAGGGGCUUCGUGCCCGGCAGGGUCCCCGCGCCGACGCCCUCAGAAGCCUGCGGGACUUCUGCAACACCGAGCCCGGCUCGCCGCAAUCUGCCGUGCCGUUCGGACAGGACCAUCCAGCCCGCUCUUCCCUCAGGCCGUCAGCCCCCGGUAGCGGCGGGAGCUGCUCCGGCUCUCCCCAGGGCGCCUCCGGCGAGCUCGGGGCGCUGCCGGCGGGCUCUGGCGGCUGCCUGCGGGGCGAGGAGCAGCGCUCCGAGCUGCCGCCCAGCCCCGAGCCGCCCUCCAGGCUGGUGUUGAGGAGGAAGGAGCUGAGCUCGGCCCGCGGCGCCCGGCGGCGCGGCGGCGGCCAUUGCGGGGUGCUGCACAGCAGCGGGCGCCGCGCCCCGCAGGGCGCCCCCUGGCGGCGGGCGGUGCCGCACGGGGACGGCGAGGGCGAGGAGGCGGCCGCUCGUCCCCGCCGGCGGUUCUCCUUCCCCGCGGCGCUCCCGCGGCGGCUCCGCAAGCACCAGGGGCGGGCGGGGAGCUUACCCAAGGGCUUUCGGCGGCGUUUGCCGGGCGGCGAGAAAUCGGGGUCGUCCGAGGGGAGCGCGGAGAGGGCGCUGGAACCGGCGCUGGAGCCGGCCGAGGAGACGACCGAGUGCGGGGUCGGCGGUGAGGGGGCGCCGGAGCUCCGGGAGCACUCCGGCGGCACGGAACCGGAGGGCGUUCGGGACGUGGAGUAUCAGUGCGUGCACUGCUCCCUCCGCACCGACGGAGACGACGUCACCGUGACAGCAGAAUUGUCUUUAAGCCACUCGUACCAGUUCUUUAAAAGCAGGACUGUUCUGCCUGUCCCUGGGAAAAUCACCUUCAACAGAGAACUGUAUCUGGGCCUGAAAGAAGAGUAUCAUAACGCUGAGAUUACUCUUGUCUUCCUGAAAGACGAAGUGGUUAAUACCUUGCCUGCUAUCCUAGGAAGCUGUGUUGCUGGACUUCUCUUGCUGGCGCUCAUUAUUCUGCUCCUUUGGAAAUGUGGCUUUUUUAAAAGAAAAUAUAAAAUUAUGAUGGCACAAGAAGAUAAUUCCUGAAGACUAAGCUGGCCAAAGCUGAAAGCUCUGUAUUCUUUCACUGGCUUUUUGGAAAUAGCAGUCGAAGCCUGGCUAAGAUGCAAAACAAUUCCUGCUCCCUGCUAGAGCUAUGUCACUCCAGAUCUUGGGACUCUCCCAAACUGCUGUUUUGACCGUAGCGGCCCAGCUUUUCUGGGCAACCCACUUGCCUGUUUGUUUAAUUUGAGCUGACUGUUCAUCAUAGAGGGACCGUCUGGUAUUGAUAAACCAGAGUCCCCAUGAGGAAUUUUGCCUUAAUGUAGAUAUGCUAGGAAAAGUCAUCCUGGAGCCUGUUAGAUCUGUGUAUUGGAUUGCAGUCUUAGUUGCCGUGAUGCUGAGUGGCUUUUAAAUUGAUUUUAGUACUGAGUAGCUUCAGAAUAGAUUGAAAUAGAAAUCAAUUAGGGGAAGCUUCCCUUCCUGCUAUUGCUGAUGAAAAUGGAGAGACAAACAUUUUGCAUAUAUGUACACACACACAAAUUUGUGCAUUUUAAUACAGUAAACUAUGUCCCUUGAUGUCCCUGGUUCUUGGAAUCAGAAGCGUGUGUAUGUGGCAAUUAGUUUUUUGCACCUCACAAUCUCAUUUCCGAUUUCCCAUUUUCAGCUCUUUCAAGUGCUGACUUGGUCACAAAUAAAAACUUGUAUCGUGGGCUUCGUUGCCAGUUCAGACAGAGUCCUAUAUCAGGAGGUAUGUCCCCAGGUCAGCCUGGUUCACCACACCUCUUCUGAAGAAGCCGUGUUCGACUCAAGGGCAGAGCCAAGCAGUGAACUGCAGUGCCAGCUGCAGCAGUGUCGCUGUUCACCCCACUGGGUGUCUGGCAGAAAGUAAUGUGAAUCACAGGCGACCUCAGUGUAUCAGCUGCAGAUUAUCAGUAAAUGCAAUUUAUAGGCUUGGGGGAAAGAAGGUGCCUAGCUGAACCCUGUGGCUGGCUUUAGCACCAGGUGUUUUCCUUCCUGAGCAACAAAAUGAUCUUAGGACCCCUCAGGUGCUUGCUAUUUUUAAAGGAUGAGUCCAGACACUUGGCACUGUUCCGCUCUUUGGCUUUCUCUGUCACGAACUGUAGUUGUUUUACUUCUGCCGUGUUUGGCUAACCAUAAACCCCACAAAUAUAAUGUGUGUUAACACACAGCAGUAGAUUAAACAUAAAUUUUUUCAUUCAGACCUUCAAAAGGCAAAAAGUUCUUGUCUUUGGCUUAACCAGUAUUGCCUGAUGGAAAGCUAAAGUUAACAAGCAAACUGGCCUUCGUUGACGUUUCCUUGUAAAAUUCCUGUCUGGUACUCGGGCAUUGCUGUUAAUACAGGCCUUCCAGAGAUCACCUUUGUGAUGGGAUGGGCAUCCUGCAGGCUGUACAACCCUGGGUGUGCCCCUGGUCUAAAUUUGGCUCACAAACAGCUAGAAGUUAAAGGCACUAAGCACGCUGGCCUGCCUGCUGAGGACAAAAGUAAGAGGUACCACAGCAAGAUACUGUUUGAGGAGUGUAGGGCCCUCGUGUGACUUUCAGCCAUACAAGAGAGGUGCAGAGAUCUCACGCUGUUAUCCAGCUCGAUCAGCAUCUGCAGCCAUUCUUCUGGCUUGAAUCUCUUUUUCUCUCCCCCCUGGUGCGUUGUAGAGUUCCUUGGAGCUGCAUACAGAGAGUGGGUCGCUCCAGACCUGAUUGCAAGUGCCAGGGACUGAGGAAGUGAGACUUCCUAGGUGGGAGCUCGGAACCUCCUGUGUCAGCUUUUUUGUCAUAACAGCUCCAUACUGCUUGGAAAGAAAUGUGCUUUGCCUGGUCUGAAUGGCUUUAUUGUCACCCCCCUUUGCAUAAAUCCUUUUUUGUAGCUUUUUUUUUAUUGCAUCUUCAUUGGAAAUAAAUUCUUGCAAGAGAA